AUGACUGCCACUGAGCAAGCCGAUCCUGUGUUCCAAGUCCCCAAGCGUCUUUUGAAUGGUGACCUUCCCAAACCCCAUAUUGUUGGCUUUGAUGAAUACAAGAAGCUUUGGGAACAAAGUGUGAAUGACCCUGAUACUUUCUUUGGCAACUUGGCACGCGACAUCUUGGAUUGGUCUAAGCCUUUCAACACUGUACGCACUGGUGGAUUUGCCGAAGGUGAUGUUGCAUGGUUCCCCGAUGGCGAGUUGAAUGCUUGUUACAACUGUGUGGAUCGUCAUGCACUUGCAACUCCAGACAAGGUGGCUAUUAUCCAUGAAGGUGAUGAACCUGAGAAUGUUGUCAAGAUCACCUACCGUCAACUUUUACAAGAAGUAUCUCGUUUGGCGAAUGUCUUAAAGUCAUUGGAUGUUCGCAAGGGGGAUAAUGUUUGUAUUUACAUGCCAAUGAUUCCUGAAGCUGUUUAUGCCAUGCUUGCAUGUGUUCGCAUUGGUGCAUUGCAUUCGGUGGUGUUUGCUGGUUUUUCAUCCGAUUCGCUCCGAGAUCGUAUUUUGGAUUGUGGUGCUCGUGUUGUGCUUACUGCUGAUGAAGGUCGUCGUGGUGGCAAAAACAUUGCAACCAAGCGCAUUGUUGAUGCAGCCGUCAAAGAAAGCCCUUGUGUCGAUCACGUGCUUGUGUGUCGUCGUACCGGAUCUGAAAUCCCUUGGACUGCAGGUCGCGAUAAAUGGUGGCACGAAGAGACUGCCAAGGCACGUCCUUAUUGCCCACCCGUCAGCGUCAAUGCUGAAGAUGGCAUGUUUUUGCUCUACACCUCCGGAUCUACUGGUACGCCAAAGGGUGUGAUGCACACGACUGGUGGCUAUUGUUUGGGUGCUUGUGCUUCUGUAAAGUACAUUUUUGAUUAUCACCCAGAGGCUGGUGACAUUCACGCAUGCAUGGCUGAUAUUGGUUGGAUCACUGGUCAUACUUACAUUGUGUAUGGUCCAUUACUCAAUGGUGCUACCACUUUGCUCUUUGAAUCCACUCCUACUUAUCCCGAUCCAUCACGUUUCUGGCAAGUGGUCCAAAAGCACAAGAUCACUCAAUUCUACACCGCCCCUACUGCCAUUCGUGCAUUGAGACGUCUUGGUGACAAGUGGCUUGAAGGCUAUGAUUUGUCGUCGUUGCGUGUGAUUGGAUCCGUUGGUGAACCUAUUAAUCCUGAAGCUUGGGAAUGGUACUAUGAGCAAGUUGGCAAGGGUCAAUGUGCUGUGGUUGAUACUUAUUGGCAAACUGAGAAUGGCUCCAUCAUCAUCACUCCUUUGCCUGGUGUCACUGCCAUGAAGCCUGGUUCAGCUACUUUCCCCUUCUUUGGUGUCAAGCCUGCCAUUCUUGAUCCUGUCUCUGGUGAAGAGCUCAAGGGUAAUGAUGUCACUGGUGUCCUUGCCAUUGCUCAACCUUGGCCAUCUAUGGCACGUACCGUUUACAACAACCAUCACCGUUACCUCGAUACCUACUUGUACCCCUACAAGGGUUACUAUUUCACUGGUGAUGGUGCUACUCGCGACAAGGAUGGCUACAUUUGGAUUCGUGGUCGUGUGGAUGAUGUCAUCAACGUAUCGGGUCAUCGUUUGUCGACUGCCGAAAUUGAAUCAGCAUUGAUUUUGCAUCAUGCCGUUGCUGAAGCUGCUGUCGUGGGUGGUAGCGAUGAAUUGACUGGUCAAAGUAUUCAUGCUUUCUGUACACUUAAGCCGAAUGUGGAUGCAUCCGAAGGCCUUGAUAAGGAGCUUGUCUUGCAAGUACGCAAGGUGAUUGGUCCUUUUGCUACCCCCAAGCGUAUUUACAUUGUCGCUGAUGUGCCCAAGACACGCUCUGGCAAGAUCAUGCGUCGUAUUUUGCGCAAGAUUGUCAACAACGAAGCUGAUUCACUUGGUGACACCUCUACUCUCGCUGACCCCAGUGUAGUAAACUCUCUCAUUGAAAAGGUCCAGGCUGCGUAA